AUGGAAUACAUACAGGACAAGCCUACAAACGUGGCUCGGAUUUACGGACAAAAAAUCCAUGGCAAAGGUGGAAAGAAGGAGAAGUUCGUCAACCGAGCAGGCAAACGACAAAGGGAUACUCUGUCAAAGGCUGAAACAUUAACAGCAGGCCAAUUGCAGAAAGCUGCCGAGUUGAAGGAGGACCAAAGUAUUCUUUUGCAUAUAAAAGACAAAGACUGUGUGGCUCUGGAGGUGCAGUACCACAAAGGCUGUUAUAAUCAGUACACCCGGUUUUUGACGAGGCCUGAAAAACCAGAGAAAGACCAGAAUGAGCCCACGUUUGAUGUCAUAUAUAAGAUAUUCUGUGAAAGGGUCAUUCGCCAAAGGCUGCUUGUCAACCAAGAGGUGCUGAGAAUGGGCCAGCUGAGGAAGGCCUUCAUUGAACUGGAUAUGUUGAAGAAGAGGCUGGCUCGUGAUUUCCCCCAGCUGGUGUUUCACAUCCCCACCAAGCGCAACAUCUGCGAGCUGGUUUUUGCAGAGACCCUGUCAACCAUUGACAUUACCAAGGUGUCAUCAGCUCUCGGAACCAGUGUGUGUUCAGCCUUGAUCGGAAUUCACACAUUCUCUGGGUGUGACUCCACAAGUGCCUUUUAUGGCAAAGGGAAAAAAAAGACAUUUUCUGUUGCAUGUGAGAAAGGUGAGUACCUAAAGGCUUUUAAAAGUUUAGGUACUCACGGUGGCUCAGUGGUUAGCACUGUCGCCUCGCAGCAAGAAGGCCCUGGGUUCGAAUCCCGGUCGUUCCAGGUCCUUUCUGUGUGGAGUUUGCAUGUUCUCCUCGUGUCUGCGUGGGUUUACUCCGGUCAGUAA